ACUGCGCAAGUUAAACAGGGACUCUAUAAAAUAAUACUAACUAGAGGCCAAUUUUGUGGCAUAAUGGAUGUAUAGAACCACUAUCACCUUGCCUAUAUCCAGUCUCCGAAGCAUGUGUACGGGGGAUGAACUUCGUUGAUGCCAAACGGAAGGUCAAGCCGUUCAACAUCCCUCUAGAAUUCGGACGAACACAGCUCGGUAUCACAGUAAAAUGUAGGAGUUAGAAGGACGGAUACUACCGUCUUCGGAUAUACUAGACACAUGCUUUGAAGAACAGACCUUCCCCUAAUGAAUGAUGAUAUAAGAGGGAUUCCAUACCCACAGCUAUAAGGUGUUUGUUCACAUAUCAUCACUCGUCCUUCCGAACCGAAGCGUCCGAUGUCAAUCAAUCUUCACACAUCUAUUCAUCUUUCAAAAAUCUUAUCCCGGAAGAUAUAAAGUCACCACAUCAUUGCUAUCCCUCCGUAAAGACGACACAAACCCGAAACCAUCAUUUAUGGAAGCAAAUCUAUUUGUACAACUUAACGCGCACACCGAGGGAGCAGCUCGAGAAGUGAGGGGCCGAGCAGCAUCCGAAACCGAGAUUUCAGAUUUCCGGGUAAUCGAUAAUGGUGAAGGCGGAAGUAGCAGUGCAAGCGGGAGUGAUACAGAAGAUGAAGGGAAAGCCGCCGUGCAUGUGAUGAUGCUCUCUCCGCCAAAGAAAGGAGGUGGAUCACGGGGUGAGAGAUGGACAUUAUCUUCCGCGAGUAUCAUCCACUUCAUUCACCUCCGCCACCUCUCCACCUUCCCCCACUUCCUCUCCCUCACCCGAAAUUCUCCACCAGGUCACACCCUGAAGCGUUUAAACUCCGCUUCGGUCCCUCUCCUUGCUUCACCAACUCUGUCGCGAGAAUUGCUCGAUUCGCGGAUGUUUUCAAGCGUGUUUAGCCGAGGUGUUCAUGUCAGGUCCGUUACCUCGGCCUCGCUUCGACACCGUCCCGUUCCCCAGGUAAGCGAAUACUGACAUAUGACGGAACCGACAAACAAAAAGUAACUGUUUUUUUCUAAGGACCGCCCCGCUGACACUCUUUUUUAUGACAAAAACAGCCCGCGAAGGUUGUGAAUACCGUUGCGAAGCUGAGCUCUGCCGGUCCUAGACGACAAAACAUGACCCCUCCUACUGGUGAGCUUAAUUACUGUCACCAAUUCCGGUGAAACGGCUAACGGGAUAACGCGCUACACAGCUUACCAGGAAGAUCCAAGCGCAGGUCCUAUGCUUCGAUUUCAGAAGUUUUUACCAAAACUUCCAGUACCGACACUGCAAGAAACCGCCGACCGAUACCUCAAGUCCCUUAAGCCCCUCCUCACGGAACAAGAGCUGCAAAAUACCAAGACAGCUGUCGCGGAAUUCAUUCGAGAAGGCGGAGUGGGCCAACAGCUCCAGGAUAAGCUUCUGGCAAAGGCCCAAAACCCUCAUGUCAACAACUGGCUAUCCGAUUGGUGGAACGAUGCCGCCUACCUCGCCUACCGCGACCCCGUCGUUCCCUACGUUUCGUACUUUUACUCCUACAAGGAUGACAGGAAGCGUAGGAGCCCGGUAAAGCGCGCAGCUGCCAUCACCACUUCGGUUCUCAAAUUCAAGAAGAUGGUCGAUGAAAAGAGGCUGGAGCCCGAGUAUAUGCGCGGGUUGCCCAUGUGCAUGGACUCAUACAAGUGGAUGUUCAACGCCUGCCGUAUCCCGGAAAAGCCGGCCGACUACCCGGUCAAGUACGAUCAUGAGUCGAACAAGCACUUUGUUGUCGCCAGGAAGAACAGGUUCUACAAGGUCUUGCACGAAGUCGAUGGAAUCCAACUCGGCACCAGGGAGCUUGAAGCACAGUUUGCUAGGGUUUUGGAGUUGGCCAACGCCGAGAAGACCCCCGCCAUCGGUGCCCUCACUAGUGAGAACCGCGACACCUGGACCGAGGUCCGCAGGAUGAUGAUUGAAACUUCUCCGGAAAACAAAAAGGCUCUCCAACUGAUCGAGUCUGCAUCCUUCAUCGUCUGCUUGGACGAUACUUCUCCAGUUACCCUCGAGGAGCGUGCGCACCAGUACUGGCACGGGGACGGUCGAAACCGCUUCUUCGACAAGCCCCUCCAGUUCAUCAUCAACGAGAACGGCACCGCAGGAUUCAUGGGUGAGCACUCGAUGAUGGAUGGUACCCCUACCCACCGUCUCAAUGAUUACCUCAACGAUCAAAUCUUCAAUAAUAGGAUUGACUUCGCCGCCAGUGAUAUCCGCAGUAAUAUUCCGGAACCUAUGCCUAUCAGUUUCGAGCUUAGCGAGGAUAUCAUCGGGGCCAUUGAUAAUGCCCAGCAGAACUUUAGAGAUGUUAUUGGACUUCACGAGUUGAAGGUCUUGGCAUACUUAGGCUACGGGAAGGGCUUGAUCAAGAAGUUCAAGUGCUCGCCGGACGCCUAUGUCCAAAUGAUUAUCCAGUUAGCUUACUUCAAGAUGUAUUUCCCCCUCCUUCCGCUCCGAAAAAACAAGCGUAAGCUAAUCUUAUAACAGGUACGGUAAGAACCGCCCAACCUACGAAUCCGCAGCUACCCGCAGGUUCCAAGAAGGCCGGACAGAAACCUGCCGCACAGUCUCCGAAGAAAGCGUAGCCUGGUGCAAGUCGAUGAUGGACCCCGAUGCCGACCCAAAAACCUGCAUUUCAAACCUCCGCGCCGCGCUCAACGCCCACGUCGCGUACAUCACCACCGCAUCAGAAGGCAAGGGCGUAGAUCGCCACCUCUUUGGCCUGAAAAAGCUCCUCCACCCCGAUGCAGCUCUUCCCGGGAUCUAUGCUGAUCCUGCCUAUGGCUACUCCUCCAGCUGGUUCCUCUCAACCUCUCAGCUGUCCAGCGAGUACUUCAACGGAUACGGGUGGAGUCAGGUCAUCGACCAGGGGUACGGAAUCGCCUACAUGAUCAACGAGAGCAACCUACAAUUUAAUAUAGUCUCGAAGAAGCAGGGGUGCGAGAGGAUGCAGUUUUACCUCACUGAUGCUGCGAACGACAUGAGGGAGUUGAUGGAGAGCGAGUUGGAGACUAAAGCCAAGCUGUAAGAGUGGCCCGGGGUUAAAACUAGGAAGGUUAAAACUACUGGGCCCGAGCUUUCCCUCCCUUCCUUCCCUUUUCCUUUUUUACCUCUCAUGUCCUUUUCCCUUGACCUUUGGGCGUUGCUCUUCUUUCUUUCUUUUGCAGGGUUGUCAGGUAGAUAGACAUGCUCUAGAUUCUGUUUUUAUGGGAUUAACGGUAAAAAAAAGUUGAUUAGAAGGAUGAUGAAUAAUUUACUCAUGGAUGAUGACGGUGUGUCACAUUCGGGAGUUUUGGAAAUGUGAAGUGUUUGUGGAGUAGUAGUGAAAGAGAAAGGGGGAAUACGAUUACUGAAACCAGAGCUUGCAAAUAUUGGAACAAUCAUAAACAGUCACCCAUC